AUACAAAAACCAACGUAUGUAUGAAAGUGAUUGGUAACAGAUCAGAUUCCGAAAUGAUCUUUCAACUGUCACAGUAAUUCAAUUCCCUUUCCCAUGGCACCUUCCUCCCCUCCGUCACCUCCCAUCACCGACAAUUCCGACCCGGAGCGCCGUCUUCGCGAAGCGGAGGACCGUCUCCGUGACGCAAUCGAGGAGCUUCAACGCCGUCAACGACGCGCCGCUGCUCAUGCUUUCCAGAACCUCCACCACCACAACAAUCUCGACUCUCCUCCCUGCGAUCAUGGUCCCGAUGAGUCUUGCAUCGCCCACGCCAUUGGUAAUCUCUGCCAGACCUUCCUUCUUUCCUAUGGUGUUAGAGUCGGCAUUGGUAUUCUCCUUCGCGCUUUCAAGCUUGCUCGAAGGCAAUCUUACUCUUCUCUCCUUGAUCUCAAGCAACUUGUUUCAGAAAAAGACCUAAUGGUGAGGGAAGAAGCUUGUCGUAUUGGUUUACUUUUUGGUGGUUUCACUGGAUCUUAUCAUGCUCUUAGAUGCUUGUUUAGAAAGUUGAGGAAAAAAGAGACACCAGUGAACGCAAUUUUAGCAGGUUCAGUUGCUGGCUUCUCAAUUCUGGCACUAAAUGAUUCAAAUAGGAGGCGCACACUGGCUUUAUAUCUGUUAGCUAGGUUGGCCCAGUGCGCUUAUAAUUCUGCAAAAUCUAAGAACAAGUUUCACCUUUGGGGAAGUCAUUGGAGACAUGGAGAUUCUCUGCUGUUUUCCCUUUCUUGUGCACAGGUUAUGUAUGCAUUUGUAAUGCGUCCUGAGAGCUUGCCGAAAUCCUAUCAAGAUUUCAUUCAAAAGACCGGACCAGUUGCAGCGCCUGUAUACAGGGCUGUAAGGGAUAGCUGUAGAGGUCAUCCAGUUGACGUUGCAUCACUGCAUGCCUUCUUAUCUCGCAGAGGAAAAUCUGACUAUGUGAAGUUGGAAGAAUUUCCCUCCAUUAUUCCUUGUUCCAUCAUUCACGCAGGAACAAAUUCAUGUUUAGCUCACGAAGUAAAUGCAACAUCAGCAACAUUUAAGAAAACGUUCCCGCUAUACUUCUCUCUGACCUUUGUGCCAUUUGUCGUUCUGCACCUACAAAAGUUCACUGCUGCUCCUUUCCGCACUUUCUGGUUUGCCGUUAAAGGUGCUGUGCGCUCAACAGCCUUUUUGUCUGCUUUUGUUGGAAUCUUUCAGGCAGUCAUAUGUUUACAUAGAAAAGUUGCAUCAAAAGAUCACAAACUUGUGUAUUGGAUAGCAGGUGGAAUAUCUGCCCUUUCAGUGCUAUUGGAGAAAAAAGCAAGGCGUGGUGAGCUAGCUUUAUAUGUUCUUCCCCGAUCAGUAGAUUCAUUAUGGUAUAUCUUGGUGAACAGGCACCUGCUUCCAAAAAUUAGGAAUGCAGAGGUCUUCUUGUUUUCUCUCUGCAUGGGAGGGAUCAUGUAUUACUUGGAAUAUGAGCCAGAAACCAUGGCUCCAUUUCUUAGGGGACUGAUCCGCCGCUUCCUUGCCAGCAGAAUUAGCAAUCCAAGUCCACCACCGUCUAAUCAAACUGCCUCUUACACAUACUUACAAGCUCUUGAUGGCAUCGCGACGCCGAAAUUACAAGAGAGAAGGGACGCUGAAUCUUCCGAGAAGUACAAUCUUGAGUCUAUUCCUGGGCUUUGACUUUGUAAUUUGGGUAUUUUUUCUGAAGAGGUUCUGAGAGGAGGGAACCGUCUCCCUGAACUUCUGUUUUGUUUAGGUUAUAGGAUAUCCUUCCUGGUAUUCAAUCAUUUCAACAUGCCAACUACAAGUUCGAUAUUCAGGGAGCCAAAUUCUAUAUUAAUAAUCACCGUUGGCUCCACAUUUUUUAUUGGAUUGUUCAUGAAGUUGUUCUUGAUGUUCAGGUGGAUUGUAAUUUAUUUAUUUUUAUCAAACAUUAUUGAGUGCGUGGUUGUUUAGUUUAGGAAUAAAUGUUUUUGGCCUUUGUAAAAUUAGUAAAUUUUAGUUUCAGUCA